AUGGUCGAGGACGACGACCCGCUGACCUCCCUCUCCCUCUCGCUCCCUGGCACGGACCAGCGCUUCCACCACGACCGCGCCCACUGCCAGUUCCAGGAGCUCCCGGCGUCCCCGUCGCCGCCCUCACCAUCCCCUCCUCCGCCUCUGCCACCCGCUCCAUCCGCCGCCGCCGCCGCAGCGCCCUCGGCGUACCCGUUCAGCCCCGACUUCAUGGCGGCGAUGCAGGAGCUGACCCGCGCGGAUGUGCAGCGGUACAUGGUGGGCGCGGGCGCGGGCGUCGGCGCCGGCUACGGCGGCGCCGAGCUCUGCCUGCUGCAGCUGGUGGAGGGCGUCAUGCGCGCUGCCGCCGAGCGCGUCGGUGCCGUCGAGCGGAUCCAGUGGUAG